GGAGACGAGAGGAAAGGAAAGGGCAAAGGAAGGGACCCGUAAUAAAUUCAGCCUCGCACUCUUGGCGCCAAUCCGAUUUAAAGAGAAAGAAAAAAACAGAAACAUUUUCAUUGACGUUUUUAAUGAAAGUUCGCCUGACUGCUGCUUCUCCCAUCGGUCGGUGCCGUUAGCCAGCUAGCCUCGUUAGCACACUAUCUAUCAUUGCCAUAUUAAUCUGGCCCUCUUCUCUCUGUAGUCACGAUACUAAUAAGUCAGCAGCAGUAGAGCACGGGGACAAUAGAGGUGUGUUUCUACAGGGGGAUCGAUAAGACACAGCUGCGAAAUGGGGAGGAAGUCCAACAGAGCGAAGGAGAAGAAAGCCAGACGUCUGGAGGAGAGGGCAGCUAUGGAUGCCGUCUGUGCCAAGGUGGACGCAGCCAAUAAGCUUGAUGACCCACUGGCUGCCUUCCCAGCCUUCAAAAAGUACGACAGAAAUGGGCUGAACCUGCAGAUAGAGUGUAAGAGAGUGACCACCCUCAACCCGCUGUCCGUCGAGUGGGCCUUCGAACUCACCAGAGCCAACAUGCAGGCGCUGUAUGAGCAGAGCGAGUGGGGGUGGAAGGAGAGGGAAAAGAGGGAUGAGAUGAACGACGAGAGGGCGUGGUACCUACUGGCCCGCGACGGCGACUCUGCCCCCGUGGCCUUCUCUCACUUCCGAUUCGACGUGGAGUGUGGGGAGGAGGUUUUAUAUUGCUAUGAGGUGCAGCUAGAGAGCAGAGUGCGGAGGAAAGGACUCGGCAAGUUCCUCAUCCAGAUACUACAGCUCAUUGCUAACAGUACACAGAUGAAGAAAGUGAUGCUGACAGUUUUCAAACACAACCACGGGGCUUACCAGUUCUUCAGAGAAGCUUUACAGUUUGAGAUUGAUGAGACUUCGCCGAGCAUGUCCGGUUGCUGCGGCGACGACUGCUCUUACGAGAUCCUCAGCCGGCGGACCAAACACGGCGAGGCCUCUGCGGGACACACCCACGGGGGCGGGCACUGCGGAGGCUGUUGCCACUGAGCCACUCAAAGCUCCACCAUCUUUGUGAUUUUGGUUAAAAAGCCAGCAACUUUCAUGGCUGUGUGUGAAAGCUUGAGCUGCCUGCUACUCUACAAGCGUUUUUGAGUUUGAGCGGCCGUAGAGUGCCGUUAGAAAUGAACCGAUGGUGGAAUACCUGGCUACAGAUAUUGAUGUCGCAUUAUGGAUUGAGAUUUAUGUUUGUUUUUUUUGUGUAUUCCUGUUACAAACGCAGUAUGCAGUGUGAGCUUUCACACAUAGCUCCUAUUUUUUCUUUCCUACUACAAUUCAAUGUCUAUCUUUUUUUUUUUUUUUUUUCCCCCCCCCUUCUCUUUUCCCAGUUAAUGAUGACAAUUGGUAAUUUCCAGUCAAGAUAAAGCUAAUGCAUUGCUGACACUCUGUACCACUGCAGUGAACCUCAUCCCAUCCUGCUCUCAUCUCCCCCACAUGUUAUACUGUAUUGAAUCCUUCUGCAGCGCUUCUUAAACGAUGGCUUGGGACCUAAAACUGGCUCCUGGCCUAACUAAGGCUGUAUUAUAGAAACGUACUACCCCAAGUCAAGAUUCCUCAUGUUUUGAAGAUAGGAUGACUAGUAAAUAAUGAUAAACCAUGACCUCAGAUGACCAUGCAUACUAAGCAGAUGGGAUAGGAUCUUUGAGUUAGUCCGUUUCUGUUAUACAGCCCAUGAUUUCUUUGGGACCUCACACUGAGACUACUAGCUUGUUUCACUGAAGGAGGGUCCCAGGAUCAGCCUGAGAAGCCCUGCUGUGGUGUAACAUCACCCGUUAUAUGCGCACAUGGCUUGUAAGUUAUUUUUGGAACAAUAGCACUGCAGCUAGCAGAAACUGCACUGUCUGGAACCACUUCGGCCCAUUUUUACACCUGUUGCAAGAUUACAAGUACACUAUUGGCACGACCCAUCUUUGCUGUUCAGGUGAUUCAUAUGUAGACGUCUCCCCUGCUUUUAAUUUAAUUUUAACGUGUGAGAUAAGUUUGUUCAAGGUUGCCUUUUUAUGUCGUAUGCGCUCACUUUUCUCCCAGUGAAAUUAGUAAAAAAAAAACUUUAUUCUCUCAUCAUCUGUUGCUGUAAAUCUGCAUCCAACCCAGAAAACAAUCCCAGUAUGACCCUCCUGCUCAUUCAGAUGUUCAACUUGCUUCCAGCCACAUUUGCUUAUCAGAGGAACAUGAACUGAAACGCUCUUUUCUGGCUCACUGAAAGAGGUCUUUAGUUCAUGCUCUCGUUUUCUCCUUUCCUUUCCCCUGCUCUUUGGGCCUCCCCGUUUAUGUUGCUCUCAUCUUUAGUCACACUUGUGCAAUUGCAUCACUCCUGCUCUCCUCUUCGUUCACUUCAUUUCAAAGAGGUACUAAUGAUAAAUAAGUUUGAUGUUGAAGCUACCUUUUAGCUGUAUUUUAAAAAACUACAACCGUCCUCCAUCCCUUCUCCUUCAUAUUCUUUAAGCAUGAGCAAAUCAUAUUGAUUUAACAUGGAUGAGGAUUGGUAAAAAUCACCACUUCAUUAUAUGGCCAUUUGAAGCUGACUAAUGCUGUUAACUUGGAGGAAGGUACGUAGAUUGGAUGGAUGGAUGAUAGAAGUAAUUGCAGAGCGCUGAAAGUGUUUUUCUAUGGUUGUCAACUGUUUUCCCAGCCCGCCGUCAUUAGUUUGCAUGACACAAUUAAAUAUAUCUAAAAUCAUCACGAGGGUCUAAUAGCAUAACUUUAAUGUUUCAUACAAAGCUCCCAUGAACAUCGGUGCAUUUUAGAAAAUGUAACGUUAAUGCUGAGUUUUGAUGUUUCUGAAAGCAUCUUGGCACAAAGUCAGUACUGUAAGUUUUGGGUAAAAUCAUACUGUACAUCUGACGCCAUAUUGCUUGUCCGACUUAGGAUUUUAGAUACCACAUUACUAGUCAACCUAGACGAGCUGCUGUAACCACUUCAGUCUUGUUGAUUCCAUAUCCGUUUACAAAACCUUAAGGAUAUUUUCUCGAAACCACCAUAAAACUCUUUAUUUCCAGGACUGUAGUCCGCUUACUUGUGGGAUAGAGGAGUAAAAAGACUUUACACUACUGUGGAUGUCAAGAUUCCUCUAUUUAGUGUGGCUGUACAGGGCUUCAGUUGGUACAUUUUGAAAGGUGUGUUUUUUUUUUAAUUUUAUUUAAGUGGCUCAUAUCAAGGCUGAAGUUAAGGUUUCGCAAAGAUUAAUACCUGGUCAAAGUGUGUGAAACAGGGGAGACAGAAAUAUGAAGAGACGUUCUUAGAAACGUCUAAAUACUAUAAUAAUCUCUGUUACACAAGAACAAAAUGUUAUUUAUCAUAAAAUGGGGGGAAAAAAAAUACUUUGGAUGACCGAGUCCAGAUCCUGGGGUGAACAUUUCUGGUUGUUUGCAGACUGGGCAGAGACAAAAAAAUUCAGCACCUGGAGACGAUGUAUUGGCGUCUGGUGCUUGUUUGAUCAAAAAAAAAACCCCACCACAUUUUGCUUGUUUUAGUUCUAGACUACCUUCUGAUAAGUACAGGAAAACAUUUUUUGUACUGCGUAGGUUACAAUAAAAAGAGGAUGUUGUACAUAGUAGUAGUAUAUCAACCGACUGACAGUCUCUCUCUCAGGUUAACCAAACGUAAACAAACCUCAUCUGUUUUUAUUUACCAGCCAUGUUGUCAGUUAGCUGUUUGCUGAGUUGGAUUGGCCACAGCUCUGGCCUAGGGUCAGUUUUGGUUGUGUGUCAUGGCGUAGUAUUUAAAGAAACAGAUUUGAAGAACCACAUCUAAAAGUCUACUUUUAACACAACUAGGAAGGUGAUUUUAGUUUUAAUGAGUAAAAGGAAAAAAGCUCCUUAACACCUAUACCUUGGAAAUGUGAAAUAGCAUGAAAAUAAAUCUGGACCAAAGUUGGAACUGACCCUAGAUCAGUGCUUAGUGGCUACAUUCAAUCCAGACAGAUGGGCUGUCUUUACAAAAAAAGGUUCAUUGGAAGUGAUUUUGUGAAAUUAUCUUAAGUUUGAAAAUGAGCCUAAAUUUAACCAGUUCAUUUUAAGUUAGUGAGUACUUUUAUUUUAGGAAAAAGUUACAUACCCUCGACAACAAAAAAAAGAAUCACAGAUCCUUCUCUUGGUCUUUUCUCUAUGUAUGUAUAUAAGCUGUUGUGGAUCCAUCUUCAUUUUCAUUUCUUGGCCUUUUACAGGUAAAAAACUUUUUUAAACAUGUUAAAAGAAAAGCUCCAUGUUUGAGAGUGAGUGUUAUAGUCCUAUCCGUAAACGACAAUGAAAGGGAAAACCAAGUCAUUAUGCCUUGUCAGUGUUUAUUUGUAUGUUACAAAUAAAGGAAAGUUGUUUGACUUUU